GGUUUAGAGUAUGUGUUUUUUAAGGCAGAAGUAGCUAGCAGCUGAUGCACAUAUGUCUCUAUUUGAGUAAAUUAUUAGAUACUUGAGGCACUGCUGGUACUUCGAGCUGUUUCCAUGGCAAUCCUGUUUGCGGUGGUGGCUCGUGGGACCACCAUCCUGGCGAAGCACGCGUGGUGCGGCGGGAACUUCCUGGAAGUCACGGAGCAGAUUUUAGCCAAAGUUCCUUCAGAGAACAACAAGCUGACGUACAGCCACGGCAGCUACCUGUUCCAUUACAUCUGCCAUGACAGGAUUAUAUACUUAUGCAUCACUGAUGAUGACUUUGAGAGAUCUCGUGCAUUCAGCUUCCUGAGCGAAGUGAAAAAGCGUUUCCAGACAACGUACGGAUCCCGAGCUCAAACUGCUCUGCCCUACGCCAUGAACAGCGAGUUCUCCUCCACACUAGCAGCUCAGAUGAAACACCACUCAGACCCUCGGGGGUCGGAUCGUGUCACGGAGACUCAGAUGCACGUUGAUGACUUGAAGGGCAUCAUGGUCCGCAACAUCGACCUGGUGGCUCAGAGAGGAGAGAAGCUGGAGCUUCUGAUUGACAAGACCGAGAACCUGGUUGAUGCAUCGGUGACGUUUAAAACGACGAGUCGUAACCUGGCCCGGGCCAUGUGCAUGAAGAACCUCAAGCUGACGCUGGUCAUUGUGCUGGUGUGUGUGGUGAUCAUUUACAUCAUCGUGUCGGCGUCCUGCGGAGGUCUCAGCUGGCCCUCGUGUGUCAACAAAUGAGACGAUGGAGGAAGAGGGGCAGAAGUGCCUGUUCAUCUCUGGACAAAAACCAAUGCAGGACUUUUCUUUGUUGCUUUUCUUCGUUUACCGUCACUACAAAGUCUCUGUCUUCUUCCUGCCUCCUUUCUUGUCCUCCUUUAAAAGAAGCCAGCACAUUAGUUUGCCUUCAAGACCGCCAAUCACAAACGCUCCCAUUCAACCUGACCCUGAUGUGGAGCAAUAAAUGUUUUUGUUUGUCAUACACCUGUUGAAUGCUUUGUGACCCUGUCCUGUACCUUUGUGUAAAUAGUCCAUCCAGAGUUUAACUUGGUAAUGUCUGAGUGUUGCUAACAUCCGGGUUAAACUAUCACUGUCUGAUUGUACCACUCGAAGCUAACGGUUGGACCGAGCUGAAGAAGUAUCAAUACUUUCUGAAUUAGUUCUCCUUCUAAUCUAAGUGUUAUUACAGAACCCAUACAAAUCAAUAUUGCACAUUUAAAUAAUAUUACUGAUAUUUAAUAGUUAUCUUGAAAUAAUUCUGACUUGAGAAAGAGUUUGACUUCCUGGCUGUGAAUGUGAUGAAAGGCUUCUUUUCGACUUUUUUACCUCCUGAGAUGUUCAAUGUACUCAUUUUGCUCAUGUCUGUUAAACAAUGCACUUUUCAGAUCGAACAGAGUCAUUUCCUGGCAUUUAUGUUGAUGUAAUAAUUAAUUGUUGUACAUUCAGAUGUAAAUAAAGUCAAAUGACA